AUGAAUUCUCCAGAGGACAGCACCUACCAGCUCCUGACUGAGUACUGCGAUGGCUUCAUGGUGUCCCAGGUUCUGUUUGCUGCCUGUGAGCUGGGUGUGUUUGACCUCCUUGCCGAGGCCCCGGAGCCCCUGGACUUGCCCACAGUUGUUCCACAUCUGGGCACUAGUGCCCAUGGGACAGAGCAACUGCUGGACACCUGUGCAUCCCUGAAGCUGCUUAAAGUGGAAAUGAAGAGAGGAAAAGCUUUAUAUGAAGACACAGAGCUCUCCAGCACCUACCUCACUAGGGUCAGCCAGUCCCAGUGCAACACGCUUCCAUACACGGCCAGGAUGACCUACUGCUGCUGGGGCCACCUGGCCGGGUCCGAGGCCAAGCGUCUGCAGUUCAUGCGAGGUCUGCAGGACGUCUGGAGCAUCCAUAGGAGAAGCGUGCUUGCUGCCUUCGACCUGUCGCUGUUCCCGCAUGUCUGCGACCUCGGCGGCUGUUCUGGGGCUCUGGCCAAGGAGUGCGUUUCUCUGUACCCUGGAUGUAAAGUCACCGUUUUCAACAUCCCCAAAGUGGUACAAACAGUAAAGAAGCACUUUUCGUUCCUGCAGGAAGAACAAAUCGGCUUCCAUGAAGGAAGGUUUGCAGAUUUCUUUAAAGAGUCCCUUCCGGAAACAAAUCUCUACAUCCUGGCCAGGGUCCUUCAUGACUAA